ACUUUACCUUUUAUGGUGCUGUUUAUCCGACACAUCGAUUUGCCCCAUUUCUCUUCUUCUUACACUCACUGUUUAACUUCCUUUAUGGUCACGAUGACAGUUCACUCCCCCAAUGACAUUUGUCUCUGCUCCACUCCAUAAAUACCCAGAGAUGGUUUCCUCCGUCAGUCGCUGUCUGCAGGUGUCUGUGCAGGACGAUGAGGAUGAAGAUGAUGAUGGCAAUGACGGUGCUGUGGGUGGUGCUCCUCCCGUACGGCGUCUCUGGAGCAAACUUGAUGUCGCAUGCUGGACGUAAGCGGGUCGCUCCCCCUCCACCUCCACCUACCCCUCCACUGGACAUGGUCCCGGACUCUGUGGACGACAUGUAUCAAAUAUGCACCGAACAGAUGGAAGAGGAGGCAGCAACAUACCUGCAGAAUGAGAAGAACAACGACGAAUCGUUUAGGAAAUCCUGGAAAGAAGCAGAGAAGUACGAAGGCUUUAAGCUUAGCAAAGAACAAGUUAUGGCCCUUUAUGUUUACACCUCUAGCAAAAAUAAAAUAUAUAUCCCUUUUAAUGAGGCCACUAGAACAGAGAGAUUCAAGUACAAGACCGCAUUCAACUAUCACGCACUUCACUUUUACCUGACCACAGCCGUGCAAAACCUCAGAGCUCUUCAGAACCAGUGCUACAAGGUCCGACGCAGGACGAAGACGUACUACUCCGACCAAGACGUUCUCAACAAGGAGGUUCGCUUUGGCUCCUUUGCCUCCUCCUCCAUCCUCUCCCCAGGACCCGUAGGACAUAAGGCCUUUGGAAAGAAGGCGUGCUUUGAAAUUGAAACGUGCAUGGGAGCGGACAUCUCAUGGUUCUCCACCUUUAACCAGAGAGAGGUGCUGAUUCCUCCGUACGAGGUCUUUAAGGUAACAGAGAUAACAAAGAGAUCAGAGCAGCCCGAUCUCUGGUGCGAUGUGGUCUACAAGCUGAAGAGCUUGGGAUAUCAAUCCAAUUUGAAUUGUGCUCUUAUUAAAAAAAAGAAGCGCUGCAAGUUUCCUGCAGUUGACAAAUCAUGCAACGUUUGAAAUUUAGGAUGCAACGAUUCUCUGCAGAUGAUCUUUAACCAGAAAUGAUCGUUAUUUAAAAUGCAUUUGUUACAUUUGAAUAAAUUCACAUAUUGUGUAAAGAGUGUUUAUGGAAGAAAAAAUGAAUCCAUCAAAUUUUAAUGAAGGAUCUAAAUGAAUAUCAAGAUGUUUUAACUUGUCUGUAUCUUCUAAUACUUCUCACAUCAUCAGUGUUUAAAUUGGAUGCAUAAUCUGUCCUAAAGAGUCGCUGGCUAGAAAACUGUCAGAAGGAAUAAAUAAACAUCCUGGUGCUUCUGCA